AUGAAGAGGAUUGUAAUGAAACCACUUACAUCAAAUGGACCCUUCUAUGUGAAAUUGCACCCAAAUGAGCAAAGAGGCAUUCAGGUGGUGUUUGGACUGUUGGCAGUUGCUGGGCUCCUCGUUGUGAUAAUAAAUCACAUCAUGAAACCUUCCACUUUAAUCUUUGUAAGGGACGAAGGCAUGGUUCUUAACAGAUACCUGCAUGGGGAUGAUGACCAAAACACUGGACGAGACAGAAUGACUACGAUGGACAGCAAGCCCAGCUGUAAUGAUUCAUGCACUUUUCAGCUGGUGGAAAGCCUCCCUUGGGAUAUGCCAUAUGGACCAAAUAGCAGUGCUGCAAAACCACUAUACCAAGCAUGGAUGGAGCUCUUAAACAUGACCCAGGAAAGCAUUCACGUGGCUUCUUACUAUUGGGCAUUGACUGGAGAGGAUGUCGGUGUCAAUGACACAUCAUCUAAACAGGGUGAAGAUAUUCUGAAAAAAUUUGAAAGUCUACUUUUGGAGAAUAUCACUGUGUUUAUUGCAACAAGUGUUCCAUCUAAAGUUAAACAUUCCACAGAUCUUGAGAUCCUGGAGAGAAAAGGGGCCCAUGUAAAAAGGAUAAACUUUGGCCAGCUGACUCAUGGUGUCCUGCACACCAAAUUCUGGAUUGUAGACAGGAAACACAUCUUUCUUGGUAGUGCCAAUGUGGACUGGAGGUCCCUGACUCAGGUGAAAGAGGUUGGAGUUUUGAUCAAUAAUUGCAGUUCCUUAGCUAAUGACCUUUGGAAAACAUUUAAAACAUACUGGGAUCUUGGAGGACCAAAUGCCACCAUCCCCUCUCCAUGGCCAAGGAAUUACUCUACCAAUAUUAACAGGCAGAACCCUUUGGAAGUACAGUUCAAUGGAAGCUCCACCAAAGCAUAUUUUUCUGCUUCUCCACCUUCAUUUUGCCCAGGGGGUCGUACCUUUGACCUUGUAGCAGUUCUUGAUGUUAUCUAUGAGGCAGAAGAGUAUGUAUAUGUCUCCAUGAUGGAGUAUUUUCCUACAAGCCGCUUCAGGCAUCCACCAAGAUACUGGCCACCCAUCGACAAUGCUCUAAAAGAUGUGGCACUUUGCUGUAAUAUACGAAUACGGCUUUUGGUCAGCUGCUGGAUCCAUACUGAUUCUUCCAUGUUUCACUACCUGAAGUCACUGAGUGUCCUCAACAAUCCGAGUGCCAACAUCACAAUAGAAGUGAAAAUCUUCAUUGUUCCAAUUGGAAAUCAUAGCAACAUUCCUUUUGCAAGGCUGAAUCACAACAAAUACAUGGUUACUGAGAAGGCAGCCUAUGUUGGGACUUCUAAUUGGGCAGAAGAAUACUUCACCACCACUGCGGGUGUGGGACUGAUUGCCAGACAGUCUUCAAUAAAUCCUGCAAGGAAGACUCCAACAAUACAGGAACAACUGACAUUUCUUUUUGAGCGAGAUUGGAAUUCCAGAUAUGCAAUAAAUAUGGAGGACUUGCCUGGGCAGAAAGACUGUACUUGGAAAGAUACCUUUACAAGUUUUUUUAAAAACUAGAUUAUUUUUGUUGCUAAUUUUUGUCUUUGCUACUACAGUCGCCUCACUGUUUUCACAGACUUUGAGUCCAUGUCCCUCGCCCAUUCAAGCCUCCUUAAUGCUGCAGAUGGUUUUGGAGAAGCUACUGUAGCCUCUUUACUGUUCAAAGCAUAGCUUUGGUUUUCCCAUGUGCUCUUAAAAGCAGCACUUGAUAAAAUGUUAAAAAGUGAUCUGGGAAAAGCUGUUUUCCCCUCUGUUCAAUGCAGAACUGGGGUUUAAUGCAGAAUUUUGUGGUUUUAUUGUGGUUUUAAUGUUUGUAAUUUUAUAUUGUUUUUAGCUGACGUUUUAAUUGUUUUAUGGUACUAUGUUUUUAGAAUUGUUAUUGUGAGCCACUUUGGGUCCCUCCGGGGAGAAAGGUGGGUUAGAAAUAAAAUAAAACAAAAUAAACUUAAUUUCCAACAUGAGAAAUACAUUUGCUAGACUUGAUAAUUAUUAUUUAAAUUAUCUGUUCUGAGCAGCAGUGGCUAAUGUUUAAUUUAUUGUGCUUAAAAACAUGA